UUUGAUAUACGCCGUAUGUGACGCGUCGUCGCUGUUCUCCAAAUUGCUUGCUGUCAUUUUUAGUUUGCUAAACAAAUUCACGUAAAAUAAAUUUGUGUUUAUUCGCCUGAAGAAUGUACUUUAUACACACAUAUACAUGCAUACAUAUAUAAAUAAAUAUUUAUUAACUAGUUACUGUGAAAGGCAAUAAAUUAUGCACUUUACCAAAUGAAAAGAACAAAAACAGAAACAGAAAAUAAGUGCCAAUUUCAUAAAAGUUUUAAGUGACGAAUAUAAUUUCGAGCAAAAAAUUUGUUCGAAUUUGGACCGUGUAUUUAUAACCGCAACUUAACUUUCUAAUCGUAAGAAAAUAUGCUAAACGCGUUCAGUUCCUCGCAUUUGAAGCACUUUUUUACAAGAUUUAGUUAGAAACUAGUGGAGAAAUGAUGAAAUUCAACUGCGAUUGCUGUAGAAUGAUUAUAAUUCAAAGAAAGCAAAAAUUGUCUGGAUUACAUUCAAGAUUAUAAGCAAGCAAUAUUAUAUUUAAUUGAGGAAGCGAUACAAAUAAUUUAAUGUGAACUAUAUAAGAAUAAAUCAAGUGACUGCCUCACAUUUUUACACUGAUUUAAAUAGCAAACAUAUGAUUACAAGUAUUUCCCUUCCAAUAACUAAAUAAAUAAAUAAAUAAAUUAAAUAAAAUUUAAAAAACCAAAAAAUGCAAAUAAAUUUACGAAAUAAUAUGAAGAAUUAAAUGAAAUGAACUCUUGAAUAACAAAGUCGCUAAUAACUGUGCAUCGACUGCCGAUUCUAAGCAUUUAACCAGAAUUUAAUACAAACUCUCAGCUCAAAUAUGGAGCGAACUGCGUUUGGAAUAGUGCGUUCAACGUUCCAACUUCGUUGGUUUGCUGCUUUAAUGUUCAUUUUUGUACAAAUAAUCGUGAGUCAAAGCAUGGUGUCAACGGAAGUGUUGGGAACCAUUGAAAAAGUCAAGGAUAAGCCACACCCCUAUCGUUAUAAUUGUUUUACGAAUGGCGAAGAAUUACCAAAUAUACCAAAUGUGCGAGUUGAAACGAUUGGAUUACAAGUGUCCGAUCGAGCCUUACAUCAAGUAAUUAGUCGCAUAUUCGCUAUCAUUUUACGUGAGAAACUCAAUUACCGUAAUGUCUCACUAGUGCCGAUCCAAUACGAAACGAAUGUGUCUAUCGAUCAAUAUGAAGCGAUCAAUUAUAAUAGCAUAUUCCAACAGUUGAGAUACCCAACUGGUGCGAUUAUGGCUAUGAUCAAUGUAGCUGUUUGGACGCCAGUUGUGGUGCGAUCCAUUUUGACGGAAACUAUUAUGGAGGCUGGCAUGUCAACAGCAGGUCGGUUUGGUUGGUUCGUGCCAAAAACGCAGAUCGAUAUGCCGUUAGAGUUGGCUGCCUACAGUUUACACUACAACGUGUUUCUUAAUCAAACCCAUAGUGAUUAUGGACGCUACGUAAUACCGGAAGCGCUAUUGGCUGAAUUGCGCGCGGGUAAAAAUUACGAGGAAUAUCAAAGCCCCGAUUGUUUCGGAAGAACAUGUGUCACCUUGCUGGCCGAACAUAAACCCGAUACUGCCUUCGUCAUGCAUCAUAUAGCCGGUACACACAGUUUUGUCAAUGUGCUCUGGUUGGGUGCGGAUUUUCGGGGGAAGUUACGUCAGCUUUAUGGCAAAUAUCAGGAUAAGUUUAACCCUGAAUUGCUUAAUAAGCGCUUCAUUGUGCUUCACUGGACACCAUCCAUUGUUAUCGAUGGUGAAAUUGAGUUUUAUCAAAUCACCCAGCCGCGUUGUGAAGACCUGACAGUGUUACUGCGAACUGCCUGCAAAUAUGAGCUAACGCCGGUAGUCAAAUACUAUACGCAGAGUUUGAAAGAAGAACACUUGCUUUCCGUAUUACGUGAAUUUAAUAUAUCGGAUGGCAUGCUGCGGUUACUACAACUGAGCCCACAGUGGCAAAAUACCGAUGCGAAUAUCGAUGACGUCUACAAUAGAGUUGCGUGCGAAUGGUUAAAGUCUAAUGAGGAGACAUACAAGGGAUGGCUUAGCAAAAAGUCGCAAAUUAAUUUAAAUAUCGGUGGGAUUUUUCCGCUAACAGACUUUAGUCGCGGCCAUCAGAAUCUCAAGGAAGCUGUUUUACAUGCUGUUAAGGCAGUAAAUAACAAAGGUUUACUAAGUAAUUACCAACUCGAUGCGAUGGCUCACGAUGGACAAUGUAAAGCCGACGAGGUUAUGAAAGUAUUCAUACAUUACUUUUCCGAUCCACGUGUGUUGGGUGUGCUAGGUCCGGCUUGUAGUGAAACAGUCGAACCAAUAGCGGGCAUAUCGAAGCAUACAAAUAUGGCUGUGAUAUCAUACUCGGCGGAGGGCGCUACAUUCACCGAUCGUGACGCAUAUCCCUAUUUCUUUCGUACGAUUGGUUCAAAUCGUCAGUACGAGGAUGUGUACAUUGAGUUAAUGAAAUUCUUUGGUUGGAAGCGUGUUGCCGCCCUGACUGAAGAUGGACAAAAGUAUACCGAGUAUAUAUCGCACAUGGAACCAGCUAUGAAGAAAAGUGACUUGGAAUUGAUUAUCAAUAAGAAGUUCCUGAGUGAUGUGAAGGCUGUGGAAAUGAAAAAACACCUGUUGGAUCUAAAGGAAAAACAUGCCAAGAUUAUAAUUGCGGAUAUACACCACAGGAAUGCUGAGCUGGCGCUUUGUGAGGCCUACAAUUUAGGAAUGACAGCCUACGAAGGUUAUGUUUGGUUCUUGCCCUCUUGGAUAUCUAAAGACUGGAGCACAUUGGAUAGCAAUCACAAUUGCACAAGUGAGCAAUUGAAAAAGGCUGCGGAAGGUCAUUUCAGCAUAAUGCACACACCAUUUGGCGACCUCAAUGCAACCAUGCAGGAAAAUAUAACUAUAAGUGAGUGGUUACAGACACAUGCCCGAAACAAUAACGUGAUCUCGAAUUACACUGGUUACGCGUACGAUGCAGUUUGGGCUUACGCAUACGCUGUAGAAAAACUGUUGAAGGAGAACGAAGGUGCGGUAAAUAAUUUGCGUAGUAAAAGUGUGGUCACACGCUUCGUAGAGCUCAUUUGGCAGACAGAUUUCAUCGGUCUCUCUGGGCGUGUGCAGUUCGGUAGAGGCGGUUCUCGUAUUACCGAUUUAGACAUCGUGCAAUGGCACGAUAACCAAUUCCAUAAUUUGGGUAAAUUUAAGCCAUAUGUGAAAGGUAUCGGCGAUGCUAUGCACACCGAUGGUGGGCGUUUGCAGUUGGAAGAAGAUAAAGUGUUAUGGCUAGAGAGUGGUGGUCAGCGACCAAGUGAUGGUACGUACGACUGUAGCUUUGCACUCUUGGCCAAAUUACUCAAUAAGGAUUGUGAGAGCGCUGCUUUCAUAUUCACGGCUAUGAUGUGUCUCUUAUUUGUUACCAUAAUAUCGCUGAUAUCUUUCUUUUUCUGGAAGAAACGUUACGACAAGAAACUCAAGCGGUCGGCGAAAAUAAUGAAAAAUUUCGGCAUUGACUUACUAUCACCGUCGCACAAUAUGAGCAACACGCUCGACAAAUGGGAAGUGCCUAAAGAGAAUGUGGUAAUAAAUCGUCGAUUGGGUAAAGGUGCUUUCGGUAUGGUGUAUGGUGGUGAGGCGUUAAUUGGUGCCAGCGGUUGGACUGCAGUAGCGGUCAAGACGCUAAAAACAGGCGCCUCCACAGACGACCGUUUGGAUUUCUUAUCCGAAGCGGAGGUCAUGAAACGCUUGCAUCACAAUAACAUAGUCAAACUAUUGGGCGUUUGUCUGCAAACAGAACCAAUUUACACCAUUAUGGAGUUCAUGCUGUAUGGCGACUUGAAGACAUACUUGCUGGCGCGUCGGCAAUUGCUCAACGAUAAAGUGACCGACGACUCUGAUGUCUCGUCGAAACGUUUAACAAUGUAUGCCAUGGAUGUGGCACGUGGACUCGCCUACCUCGCUAGCGAAAAGUAUGUACACCGCGAUCUGGCAUGCCGUAAUUGUCUGGUAAAUGCGCAGCGUGUCGUCAAACUCGGUGAUUUCGGUAUGACGCGUUCUACCUACGAGAGCGACUAUUAUCGUUUCAAUAGAAAAGCAAUGUUGCCUAUACGCUGGAUGGCGCCAGAAUCUUUAGGAUCUGGCAUGUUCACGUCUGCGUCAGAUGUGUGGGCUUUUGGUGUUGUGGUAUAUGAAAUAAUCACAUUCGGUUCGUAUCUUUAUCAAGGCUUAACCAAUGAGCAGGUGUUUGAUUAUAUUAAAAGUGGCAAAACCUUGCAAAUACCUACGGGUGUGAAGCCACAACUGGAGGGUUUACUUAAAGCUUGUUGGAGUCAAGAGGCCAAAAAGCGUCCAACUGCUGCCGAGGUAUUCGAUUAUAUCACGAAUUAUCCACGUUUAUUGACGCCCUGUGUAGAUGUACCCAGUGCUUCGGUAGAAAUGAGCGAAAUCGAAAGCGAUGAAGUAGAACUUUUACCCAAAUCACGUAAAUGCUCACCAUUUAGGUGUGACUCAACGCUGGAUAUUUUACCGCAAACCAAUGUCACCAGUCAAUUUGAACUCUCCAACGAUUUUAUUGAUGGCAUUGAAUCAUCGGCAGAAGCGGACCUAGAAAUGCCCGUCAGCUAUACAUUGUUUGAGUCUCCAAAUCCGCAUUCGAAUAAUAGCAGUAACAAUAAUACAAUAGAUAAAAAUUUCAGUUUCAACGAUUACAAAGCGUAUACACCUGUGGGUUAUAAAGUAAUGUCACCAGUAUCUUCACAUCGAAUUAGCGAAAGUUCGGAUUCCUCGCAGGCGAGACUGCUGAAGAAGUCCUCUUUGGAGACGUUGCGGCAAACAGCAUUCUGACCAU